GCUGUUGGCUCAAUGAUUUUUUACUGUACCGACGGGUCCUAAAACCCUGCUGUGUGGAUGCUCGAGGAGUCUGGGAGAAAGACAGCCAUUUGAGGGCAAAUUUGAGCCGUUCUGUUUGAUGGAAGAGCUCCUGCUAUAACUCACCGCUGAGGUUUCCACCUGUGGCUCAGAGUGAUGAAGGCUUAAGAAACAACUCCUCUCUGUCCCUCCUCGGUCCGACGCCUUCACCUGGCAGCAGAGACUUGGCAGGGAAGCACAUGGUGGUCUCUCCAGUCACCACGGAGGUGCACUGACACCCUCACCACUCACCUCGCCUUCCUCCAUCGAGUCUGCCAGGCAACAACAGCCACAACAAUGAGCUCUCACACACGAACAGGUAGCUUGGCCAGCAAGGAGCAGCCUCUGGAGCUUCUUAAACCAGCUUCAAACAACCAUUUUGUGGACGUGAGCUCGGCAGCACUGCCCAUGCAGGUGCCCCCCUCAACCACUGCCAUCCUUCCCAUGGACCUGCGCGUAGUGGACCACCAUCACCACCACCAGCAGCCCCCAUUUGGCCUGGUUCCCCAACCUCAUCCCACACCGCCCACCUCCACGCCGUGUACAACAUCCUCUGAGCCAGGCCGAGGACCAGUUAUCGGUCAUCCGGAGCAGCAGCUGCAGCAGGAGCUGGUGGCUCUAAAACACAAGCAGCAGCUCCAGAGGCAGCUACUGAUCGCCGAGUUCCAGAGGCAGCAUGAACAGCUGUCUAGACAACAUGAAGUCCAGCUGCAGGAACAUAUCAAGCACCAACAGGAUCUACUGGCACUCAAGCACCAACAGGAGCUGCUGGAGCACCAGAGGAAGAUGGAGCAGCAGCGUCAUGAGCAGGAGCUGGAGAAGCAGCAGCGGGAAUUCAAACUACAACAGCUGAAAAACAAGGAAAGAGGACAAGAGAGUGCCGUCGCCAGCACAGAGGUUAAGAUGCGACUGCAGGAGUUCGUCCUGAACAAGAAGAAAGCGCUGGCUCAGCGAAACCUAAACCACUGUCUGCCCAGCGACCCGCGCUAUUGGUAUGGAAAAACCCAGCACAGCUCUUUGGACCAGAGCUCUCCUCCCCAAACAGCCCUGUCAGCGUACAACCACCCCAUGCUGGGCACAUACGAUGCAAAAGAUGACUUUCCUCUCCGUAAAACAGCCUCUGAGCCCAACCUGAAGCUACGUUCCCGGCUAAAGCAGAAAGUGACAGAACGCCGUAGCAGUCCUCUGCUCAGAAGGAAAGAUGGACCCAUCACUACAGCCAAGAAGCGGUCCUUAGACGUAGCUGAGUCUGCAUGCAACAGUGCACCAGGCUCAGGUCCCAGCUCCCCGAACAACAGCUCCAGUAACAUCCCCAGUGAGAAUGGAGUCACCAUCUCAGGCAGCCCAGGAGAGGCAUCCCUGCUUCAGAGGCUGGCAGCAAGAGAAGGUUCAAUCAGCCAGCUCUCGCUCUACACAUCCCCUUCUCUGCCCAACAUCACCUUGGGACUGCCAGCCACAGGCCCUGCUAGCACUUUGGUAUCAGGGCACCAAGAUGGCGAGAGUCGCCUGGCGUUGCCUGCGUUGCAACAGGGCAUUCCCCUGACUGCUCCAUUCCUGCCCGCUGCACACCUGCCCCCGUAUUUGGCAUCCACUGCUCUAGAAAGGGAGGGGGCUGGAGGGGGCACAGCUGGUCACAACCCCCUUCUCCAACACAUGGUGCUGCUGGAGCAAGGCCACAAUCCAAUGGUUGGUCUGGGUGGCCUUCCACUGCCAUCACCUGCAGUCUCUAAACUUGCACGGGGCCACCGUCCCCUGGGGAGAACCCAGUCAGCCCCUCUGCCCCAGCAGCAGUGCGGGCAGGCACAGGCCCUGCAGCAGCUGGUGGUCCAGCAGCAGCACCAGCAGUUCCUGGAGAAACACAAACAACAGUUCCAACAGCAGCAGCAGCAACACAUCAUCAACAAGAUCAUGUCCAAGCCCGGGGAUCAGGUCUCAGCUGCUUCCUCUGGCCCCUCAGGACCUGCCCGGCAGCACCAGAGUCACCCAGAAGAGACAGAAGAGGAACUCAGGGAGCACCAGGGGCUCUCCUCUUCAUCCUCGUCCUCCUCCUCUACAUCUGUGCCAGAGACGGGGCCUCUGCGAGGGCUGGUCAUCAAGCAGGAGCCCCCAGAUCCCCAAGAGCACGAAGACAGGGAGCAAAGGGAGAGGCAGGCUGAACAAGACUUCUUGUUCCGGCAGCAGGCUCUGCUGUUAGAGCAGCAGCGGAUCCACCAGUUAAGGAACUACCAAGCAUCGAUGGAAGCCGCCGGGUUAUCGGUCAGCUUUGCUGGGCACCGCCCCCUCUCCAGGGCUCAGUCAUCUCCAGCCUCGGCGUCCUUCCCUCUGGUGGUACAGGAGCCGCCUGCCAAGCCUCGAUUUACCACAGGGCUGGUGUAUGACUCAUUGAUGCAGAAGCACCAGUGUAUGUGUGGUAACACCACCAGUCACCCAGAACACGCAGGACGAAUUCAGAGUAUCUGGUCAAGACUACAGGAAACCGGUCUCCGGGCGCACUGUGAGUGUAUCCGAGGGAGAAAAGCCUCACUGGAGGAGUUACAGACAGUCCACUCUGAAGCCCACGUCCUGCUGUAUGGAACCAACCCACUGAGGCAGAAACUUGACUGUUCAGUGAGCCCCAUGUUUGUGAGGUUACCGUGCGGAGGAAUUGGGGUGGACAGUGACACUAUUUGGAAUGAAGUCCAUUCAUCCAGCGCAGCUCGUCUGGCCGUCGGCUCCGUGGUGGAGCUCGUCUUCAAAGUAGCAUCUGGAGAACUGAAGAAUGGUUUUGCUGUAGUUCGACCACCAGGACACCAUGCAGAGGAGAGCACACCAAUGGGUUUCUGUUACUUUAACUCAGUCGCCAUAGCCGUCAAGCUCCUGCAGCAGAGGCUCAAUGUCAGCAAAAUCCUCAUUGUAGACUGGGAUGUUCAUCAUGGUAAUGGCACGCAGCAGGCCUUCUACACAGACCCUAGUGUCCUCUACCUGUCUCUGCACCGCUACGAUGAUGGGAACUUCUUUCCUGGCAGUGGAGCUCCUGAUGAGGUGGGAAGUGGAGCAGGUGUAGGCUUCAAUGUGAACAUGGCCUUUACUGGUGGACUGGAACCUCCCAUGGGGGAUGCAGAAUACCUGGCUGCUUUUAGGACGGUGGUUAUGCCUAUCGCCAAUGAGUUUGCCCCAGACAUGGUUCUGGUCUCUUCAGGCUUCGAUGCAGUAGACGGACACGCUCCACCCUUGGGAGGAUACAAACUGACAGCCAAAUGCUUUGGCUACCUGACUCGGCAACUGAUGGGUCUGGCAGGCGGUCGGUUGGUGCUUGCCCUGGAGGGGGGUCACGACCUCACUGCCAUAUGCGAUGCCUCUGAAGCCUGCGUCUCCGCUCUGCUCGGCAAUGAGUUGGACCCCAUUCCUGACGAAGUGCUGCAGCAGAGACCGAAUGCCAACGCUGUCCGCUCAAUGGAGAAAGUCAUUGAAGUUCAAGGUAAAUACUGGCGCUCGCUGCAGCGAUCUGCCUCCACGCUCGGUUGCUCAUUGAGUGAAGCCCUCCGUCGUGACGCAGAUGAAGCUGAGACUGUCACCGCUAUGGCCUCUCUUUCUGUCGCCAACAAGCACAUCGGGAAGAGGACUGAAGAGGAACCAAUGGAAGAAGAUGCGACCAUGUAAGGAAACAUCCCUAGACUCUGACCACUCAGACCAGUCUCCAUCCUGACAGUGUCCUCAUCCAAACAGUGUCAACUCUAUUGACAACCUGCAGAAAGUCUCACCACUGCCAUAUCUAGCAGACAUUUUACUGCAGAGUGAGAUCAAAGCAGCUAAAGCUGACAAAAGAGACGCACAAUGGAAAUGGAACGCUGAAGAUGAGCGAUGCAUUCACUGAUCAGCGGUGCACAGACUGAUCAGCAUCAAUGUGUUUCUCCUACAAAAGAGGAUUGACUCAGCCAUCCAUCAGUGACGACCUUUAGUGCCAGUGCUUUUUCAAAACACUACACAACAUGAACUUUUUCAAUGCCAGUCAGAGCUACACAGACUUAAUGGCAGUUACUUUUAUUUCUUAUUACUCUGAUUUGUCUGUGCUUUCACUUUCAUCAAAAAACCACCAGAGCCAAUGUGAUUGUGGCACUACAGAUGACUUUUUUUAGCUCUUAAAAGAAGUCCUGGACAGAACUAAGGGAUUGGAAAUGUGCAGUUUUCAAGCAUUGUUGAAGAUUACUGAGAGGAAAAGUCAGCAAGUGUUCUGAUCCCAAAAUGAUUGACACAAGAAGACUGAGCGUUUGUGCCUUUUUUCCCAAAACCUGGUGGAUUCUGUUGAACUCUACAGAAAGAGCGUUGCCUUAAAAAAAACAGGUUUGGGAAUGAGGCGUUUUCUCCCCAACCCCUAAAACAUUUGUACCCUGGCGAGACAUCCGAUGCCUGCAUGUUGUCGGCACAUACACUGGAGGACCUUGGCAUGUUUACCUAUAGCUAUCUGUCUCUCCCUGUACUUCUGUCUGUCCUUUUUUUCCCCUUCAUUUUCAAUCAUCUCUGUUCAGAGGGUAGUUCCCAAACAAACAUAAGAGGUGGUUCAUUUAAAAUGGAAACUAAAAGUAGGUUUAGUGCAAUUGUGUGCAAAGAUCUUUCAUUUUGACAGUGUGAAUCAGAUUCUUGCACACUUAACAUAAGACUUUAUCAACACAGCAGGCUUUAGAAAAGUGCACAAACUUCACUGACAACUGAGUCUACACAUUUUAGAACCACAUUUGGAAGUACUGCUCUUGUUUGGAUCAUAUUUUGUUUGUUGCAUAGAGGCUGUGUGCAUCUUUUCCAUCCCUUCCUGCCACAACAGCUCAUGACAAAACUACAGGACGCUUGACAAAAUACUGUAGAAAAAAUCCUCUGGAAAGCCAACACAUCUCAGUAUUUCAAACAAAAGAUAACACAGCUGACAGGGACUGGGAGAGGUUGCAGACAUUGCUUCUUAAUGCUCCACCCUGUCUGCAGACCUGAUGGAAAAGGCAUCCUAAGACCAGAGUUAGCACGAAUCCUACUUGAACUACAGGACCCUUAAAAUGAAAUUCCUAUUACCACUGAAGAGACCCAAAGGGUAGAGAAGUUUCAGUACAGCGGCUGAAUCCCAGUCUCUUGGGUUGCAGAUUAAUGAGGCAUACACAGAAAUCAAUCACAUGUGGGCCAAUUUGUUGAGCCAGCCCUCUCUCCAGGACAACUGUGUCUCUGUGGUUACGAUGACCAUGCCACCUGGGAUUUUCCAAAGGGGUGUUCCAGGGCCGCACAGACUACCACAGCUGGUUUAACAUCUUUAGCCUCUUGUUAAGCACAUCUGCUGCCCAAAUGUAAGGUGCCGUGAUGCAGGUGUGUCCACAUCUGUUCUCAUACUGUUACAGCACAAGCUGCCCUUUAUAAAUAUUCAAGUGUAUACAUAUCCUUUACAGUUAUUGUUCAUUUUGAUUUAUGACAACCUACUCUGCUGCUCAGACCAACACAUGCAUAGUUAACUUUGCAGUCAGUAGCAAAUGUAGCUUAGAUUCUGCUUUUUAUCAGCAUUACAAGUCUGAUCACCUUCAAACUGGUUAUGGAUAUCUGAACAUUACCUCUUUAUAUGGAAGAGGACUAAACUUGUAUUGGCACAGGACCUCUGACAAUUUUGUAUUGUAUGGCUGGCCACACACUAGAUGAUUUCCAUAUCUUAAAUGAUUAAAACAGUUUUUCAUCUUAAAUUCUCUGCAUGCACUCAGCCAGACAGUCAGACCACUGGAGACCACUCACCUGGUGGGCUGCCAUCAACCCCACAGUGACAGAAUCCCCAUACACUGGAUUUCACAGAACCUCGCAUGAUCAAACGUUACUCCAGAAUAAAAGAUUAAGAUGGAUGAUUUGCAGUUGAAAUCAUAAAACAAGGAGAAGAAUCAGGAUGGAAUCCUGGCUGGAAUGAAGGUACAGUUGUGGUUAUGUUGCUGUGAAAAUACUAACAUCUGGCUGGUGAAGCCGCCCAGUCUUCUUGCUCUAAUUAGUUGUUUCAACAUAGAUUCGUCAACAUCAAAUGUGUUUGACAAUCAUUAUUUAGGGUCUGGGAAGCCUCGAUCCAUGGUGUGUUAAGUUAUUCAGACAAAUAAGGGUGCUUUAACACUAGGCCCAGUUGUUUCGAACUGUACCGUGGUGCAGCGCGAUUCCUCCCCCUCCCCCUUCAACCCACUGGUUUGCUUUCACACUAUUAACAUCAAUUCGUGCCCGGGCCCACUUGCAUAUGUACUCAGUUUCAUACAGCGGGUGGUGGUAUUCAGGUAGCUGGUGUACAAACCCACCUAGGAGGAGAAAGAAGAAGAGGCUACCAUGGCAACCACUUGGGUCAUGGCCUGAGCAAAGAUUGUUUUAACCCGGCAAAAAGUCCAGGUUUUUAAAAUCACUUUUUAAGAUGCCAGCAAUGUACCUCUUUGUAUCUACACAUCUACAGCAUGUGCAGAUCAGUGGAUUAAAUGGGCUCGCGCUGCACAGAGUCAUAACAGACCGUUUGUUGACUUGAUUAUGAUGAUUUCUACCGUUUUUUCACCUUUGUGGAAAAAUUUAAACAAACUGCCAUGCCCGGAAAAGAAGGUUAGUUUUUACGAUGUCAUAUAGCUGAUAAGACACUCUGUUUGCAUUCACAUCUCAUCCGAACUUGCCAAAUAUACUUGAACCACACCCGAGACCACCUCUAAGUGUGCCUUGUGCCCAUGCGCAGUUCAUUUGCAUACACAUUGACUAAAAUUAAGCGGACUUUGGGCUCAAGUGCAGUCAGAUCCAGGACUGGUCCCCUCAUGUGAAAGUCACCUAAUUGUUUGCAACGAGCCUCUUCUUGGGAUACACUCCAGCAAUUAUCGGGGGAGAAUCAGGUCGUAGAUCGGCUUAAAAUCAUGUCGUGUGUGGCCAGCCUAAGACAAUUACAUCACGGAAGAGAGAAGUUUUGCAGACAUGCCGGAUAAAAGGAGUUAAUGGAAUUCUGGUGCUCUGUAAAGAGGUAAUCCUGUGUGAAUAGUGCUUAAGAUAUAAUGUAGUUUCUUACAUUUUACUUACAGAGAAACACCAUCCACUGGCCUUGAAGUGAAAUUUUUACUUUGUUAUUUUAACACCAUAAUUAGUGCUGGAUUUUUUCUGUAACCAUCUUUCCAGCUAGAGUUCUGCCCCUGGGAACUACCAUCUCCCUUUUUUCCUCUUAAAACAAAUCACCUUUAUUGUAUUUUCCAGUAAACAGGAAGCAGCGCGCUGUGAUGUUUACUGUUGUUUACUGUACAUAGGGCGUCAGACUCCUGAGUAUCCCUGGUUUUCUAUGACUACUUUUUUCUGUUUUCCUCUCUUUUGCUCCUCUUUCCUUUUCUGUCGUCCUGUCAGUGGACUCCAGUGACUUGUAUUUGUACAUUUUAAAUGUUUUCCUGUAGUUUUGUCCACAGUCCCCCUCUUCUGUUACAUUGUAAAGCUGACAAACUUCACCGCCGGUGAGGGUUCAGAUUCUGUUUUAGUGGACAUGACAUGACUUUGUGUUCUGGGUCAUUGUGGGAGGGUUGGGAUGCAAAUGUUUUUACUUUGUAAAUUGACAGACAAUUGUGUAUUUACUGUAUGUUCAUAGUAGAUUUAUAUAUAAAAAGAAAUGAGUAUAUUAUAUAUAUCUAUACAUAAUGAAAUAUUAUGAUCUUGUUUUUGAAGUUGGUAUUGAAAAUGAAACUUUUCAUGCAUCUUACAGACAAUUUUCCCUUGUUUAGGUGUCGCUGAAGGCACCAUGCGCUGUCCUCAGUUUAAUUUUGAGUAGCAUUUCAAUGGCUGUCUUUUUCUCUCUGUCAACGAGUAGCUUUCAGCUUUCAUCCUCGCUACUAUCAUAAGUUAUUAUUUAGCCGUAGCCCUCUCCUCAGACUCAUGGUUCAUGUGCGCUUUUAUACAUUCCUGGGCUUCUUUUUCAUGUUUGUAGAAAUUUCAGGGACACCAAUGUCAUAAGAGACUUAAAUUCAAAGUUUGGACACUACAUAUCACAGAUAUAGCCAAAGUAGAGGCUAAUUUCUUCCUCUUUACAGGGUUUACAAGUUCAUCCUCUUAUAACAACAAGAGCGGGAGGGGUAGAUUUGGCCCUACGUUAAAUCACUCUUAUUGGCCCUGCUUAUUAUCAUCACUUAUGGCCUUAUCUAGGCAAAUGUUCUUAGUUUUAAUUAAAAAUCAACAUUCCUUCAAAUAAAUCCAGCUCACAUUUAUAAGAUCCUGCAUUAACUAAAAGCUGCCUGCAUGUUUCAGGGUGGUCUGUUUUUAGCUAGACUUCACCAAGGAGGGCACAGGUAUCAGCACACGAUAUCAUAACUCCAAUCCUGGUUUCUCUUGGACCAAUGUCAAACAGGAAUAUACAUUCACUGACCACUUCAUUAGGUACACCUGUUCAUUAUCGCAAAUAUCUAAGCUACUAAAAGAUACAGGCAUGAUGAUGUGCCUGAGCACGUUUCCCCCAUGCAUGCAUAGGUUCUCUCUGGGUACUCCAGCUUCAUCCCACAGACCAAAAACAUGCUCGCUAGAUGAAUUGCUGACUAAAUCGUCUGUAUGUGUUAGUGGGGGCAUGCUUGGUUUUUUGUCUCCGUUUAUCAGUGGUGCGAUUGACUGCCGAUGAGUCCAGGGUGAACCUGCCUCUUGCUCAGUGACAGCAGGGAUAGACUCCAGCCCCACUGGACCCUGAAUGGGAUAAGUGGUGUAGAAGAUGGAUGGAUAGACAUGGUCCAGGCGGUCUGCUGACGUUCAAACACAGCAAUGGGGAAAGGUGAUUCCAGAAACUCUGAACGUGCCAUGGUUGUUGGUGUUUUGUCAGACUUUUAUAUUGUUUAUGCUAACUUCUGACCCUUCUAUUUGGAUGUUGCAGCAGAUAUUGAAACUUCAAAGACCAGGCAGCAUUUUUCCAGUCAGCUGUAGCCCACUUUUGGAGAGCUAUGUGAGUUGCAGCCCUAUUAUCCUGUUCUUAUAGAAGGAAAUGGCACUCAAUGUCUCUUGAUGCUGUAGCCCAUCUGCUUUAAAAUUUGAUGGGUUGUACAUUUGAAGAAGCUCUGACGUAAACCUCAUUUUUAAUGGAGAUUAUUUGAGUUAUUGUCUUUCUGUCAGCUCAGACCUCUGGCCUUGACUGGACAUUCUGGCUGAGAGAAUUGACUUUUUCUCUUAUUCAGGCCAUUUUUUUACAUCAUAGAGACGGUUGUGCAAGUUGAAGUUGUUGUGCAUACAGGAGUUUAAGCAUUUUCAAGAUGAAAACUAUUACCAGCACUACUAAUUCACAGUUUAAGAAAAAAAACAACAAAAUACAUAAAGACUUUACAACAAAUAUCACUACUUAAAUCAAGUUCUGAUGAAGUACUUCAAAGACGCCCACUCUAAAAUUAUAAAUACCCUCCUAAGUUCAAUUGCAUCAUCUUGGGCUAGUUUCGGUGUGAAGUGCUACAGCUAGAGGUACAAGAGCAGCAUUUUAUUCUACACUUAGGUGCAAUAAACUGACUGUCAGAGUGUGGAGACUGAACUACGAACUCAAAGGAGAUCAAACCAGCUCAUGUGGCACCUACAACCAUGGCACAUCCUUUCUUCCUCUUUUGGGGUUUCUAUUUAAACUUCAGCAGAUCCUUACUUCUUUCUUGAUUGUCCAAUAAAAGGACAGGGCAAUACAUGUGCAUGUGAAAUGCAGAAAUGCAAAGGUUGGACAAAAGAAACCCCAAAGGGCUUAUAAGAGGGUCCCACCAAACAGUAAACAUUUGAGAGGCCCUGUUUGCACAAAAAGCAAACUUGUAUACUCAAGUAAAGUCUAAAAGCAGAAAGAUAAUACAAUUUACAGGAAAACAACACACUUUAAAUACACCUUGUCUUCAUGCCUAAAUGCACAGAUUGCUGCCUUGUGAAAUGCUGAUUACAUGUUUACAGUAAUAAGCAGCUAAACAGGUGUACCUAAUGAAGUGGUAGGUGAGCGAUGCUGUCAUUUUCGUCAGACUUUCAAAAUUGAUCAUUUUAUUUUGACUCUGUGUAACCAGCUUCCACUGGCAGAGCGAUGUUUCAGAAGCCCUUUUAACUUCUACCACUGGAUCACGCCAGUUGCAUCAUUUUCUGUGGCUUUUGCAGAUCACCACACACUUCAAUUUUCUGCUUCAGCUUUGCAAAUUUAAAGGCAGAAUAGAAAGAGUCAGUUUGAGUUUGUGCGAGCUGUAGAUUGUGCACCUUUUGACACAAGGAAAAAUUAUGGUCUAAAGAUUAAUGUAGGAUGCUGGUUGUAUAAGUACGGUUAAGCCAGGAUGGUAUUUAUGUUUCUAUUUGAGAGGCACUUUCUCCUGUAUGUUCUCUGCUUUGAAAUGAUUUGUUUCCAUUCAUACAGAGGCAUUUGUGGUUGGAAUAUGAACAUGUAUACAGUCAAGCUAUCCUGACUCUUACCUUUCCUUGGAUACACUGACUUUUCUCUGCAUGUAAACACACUUGAUGAGAUGCGUUUCAGUAACCGAGCCCAGAACAUUCCCAGAACCCUUUGCAAAGCAGUGCCAGUCAUGGGGCUUCAACUUCUGACUGCUUUGGUUUCUCCAAAGCUGCCAACAAUAGCACUGUCUGACUCCUCUGGCUGUCUGUCUUCACUGUUAGUCUUAACACAAUGUCCAGUAACAUAAAAACAUUCCAUUAAGUUAUAAUUUCCAUUUAUUAGCAGAGGGCAUAUCUCUUUGUCUGAGCACUGAGUCGGUUCCAGUCAGGUCCGAGAACUGUCUGUUUAUUUAGGUGGCCUGGUCUGACUCCACUCCACUCCUCUUUUUCUCUCUGCAUGAUCUGCGUGUCCGCAUGCACUGCCUACCUGUCCGUCUGUCUGUCUCAAACCACAAAACAGCACAAGGGAUCAAGCACUGAAGGACAUCAGUACUUUCACUGUAUCCAAACUGUCUUCUCUCUUUUACUGCUUGUUUGUCUCUGAUGGGGGUUUCAUGAUGUUGUUCUACCCGUAGGAUAACAAAUCAACAAACCUGGAAGUGGAUUUUUCACACAAAUGGGGGAAACAUAUCCAGCACUUGUAACACAGACAGUAGAUUUUAUGUAUUUAUGUAGAAACAGACUCUUUUAGGGGGAUGCUUUGUAAACUGCAACAACAGAAUGGACUAUCAUUUCUUUACACCAGGCAAGAUGUGACCUCAGUGGACUGUUUGAAGACACUUUUCUUCUGCGUCACAUCUGGACUAAUCAAAGGGCUCCAUCCAGACGCCUGGUCCCUGCUACGGUUGUCCAUUCCACUUCUAAAAGCCAGUUAAUGCUAAGACCACUGUGGUUCAAAACAAACAGUUCUAGGUUUACAUAUAUGUAUAAAAUGCAUAUUCUUUUUUAUCGGUUAUGUUUUUGACUUGUUCCACCAUUGUUACAGAAAUAGUACAUUUUUCUGGGGAACCUUUGCUCUAACAUGUUGUCUUUGACAU